AGUUGCAGGGGGGACGUUUUAUGUGUGACACUAUAUACCGGAAAGAGACGGGUGGCUAGUUUUGCAUAUGAGAAUUAUACUCGUUAUAAUGUUGCGCAAAUAUACACAUUUAAGCGUCUACUCUUUGCGGUUCAGGAAGUAAAGAACUAGAAUGAAAUACAACUUUCUUGACCAAAAGAGGAGAACGAGCGACAAAGUCAUCUACUGGAGGCUGUUUUUAAGAAACAUCUACUCAGGUUGUGUGACAAAAGGCAGCAGCAGGAUUGGAACUCCAGGAUGGAACACAUUAAAGAAGAAGCAGGUGAGCCGCAGCCACUCUCCAUUAAAGAGGAAGAGGAGGAUCACCGCAUCAGUCAGGAAGGAGAAGAUCUUGAAGGACUGGAGGAGUUCCCGGUGAUUGUUGUCACCUUGAAGAGCGAAGAUAAUGAAGGUCAAAGUGAGGAGAAUAAAGACGUGGAGCCUCCGAGCAGCAGCAGCUCAACUCAACACAUAACAGAAGCUGAUGGAGACCACGGCGGAGGAUCAACAGGACAUGACCUCUUAGCUCCGCUAUCAGAUAGCGACGACACAACGUCACACACUCCGGACACUGAUGACGAAGACUCUGAUAUGACCGACAACACACGCUGGAAAUGCUCUCAGUGUGACAAAACUUUUGUUCACAAGAGAAAUCUGAAAAUGCACAUGAGGCAUCACACAGGCGAGAAACCUUUCACCUGCUCGGUUUGUGGCAAAAGAUUCAUCGCUAAGUCCAUUUUGAAAUCACACAUAACGGUGCACGCAGUCGAGAAACCAUUUCCUUGCACAGUGUGCGGGAAAAGAUUCUCACAGCGGUCAAAUUUCAACGUUCACACCAGAUUGCACACUGGAGAGAAACCUUUUCCUUGCUUGGUGUGCGGGAAAAGAUUUUCCCUGCAGUCGCAUUUGAAAGUCCACACAAGAGUACACCUCGGAGAGAAACCAUUUCCUUGCACGGUGUGCGGGAAAAGAUUUUCCCAGCAGUCGCAUUUGAAACUUCACACUAGAGUACACACCGGAGAGAAACCGUUCCCUUGCUUGGUGUGUGGUCGAAGAUUCUACGAUCAGAGUCAUUUAAAAAGACACACAAGAACACACACUGGAGAGAAACCUUUUUCCUGCGCCGUUUGUUGUCAAAGUUUCUCCAAGAAGAUAUCUUUGGUAAGACAUACAAGAACACACGCGGGAGAAAACAACUUUUCUUGUUCAGUGUGUGGUCAGCAAUUUACAAAUAGCACAAAUUUGACUGAACACGAAAGGAUUCACACCGGGGAGAAACAUGAAACCUUUUCAAAGGACGCAUCCAGCUGGAUUGCGAAGAACACGAUCGGGAAAUAUGAGACCUCCUUAAGAUCCAUCCAGUUUUGUCCGCGUAUCCGGGUCAGGGUUGCGGGGGCAGCAGUCUCAAGCCCAGACUUCCACCACCUCUUCGAUGUCUUUGUCUUCUUGUGUCCUACAGACGCCAGUGAGGAACAUCUUCCCCCUGAGCAGCAGGAGCGGAACCCCAGGAUGGAACGCAUGAAAGACGAAGAGGGUGAAUCACAGCACCCUCACAUUAAGGAGGAGCCACAGCCCCCGCAUAUGAAAGAGGAGGAAGAGCCACAGCCUCCCAACGUGAAAGAGGAAGAGGAGCAUCACAUCAUCGGUCAGGAUGGAGAGCAUCUUGAAGGAGUGCAUGAGUUCCCGGUGAUUGUUGUCCGUGUGAAGAGUGAAGAUGAUGAAGAUCAAAGUGAGGAGAAUAAAGAGGUGGAGCCUCGGAGCAGCAUCUCAACUCAACACAUAACAGAAGCUGACGGAGACCACGGCGGAGGAUCACCAGCACAUGACCUCUUAGCUCCACUAUCAGAUAGCGACGACACAACGUCACGCUCCCCUGACACUGAUGAUGAAGACUCCGAAGCGGAUAUGACCCGUCACAGCGACGACACACGCUGGAAAUGUUCUCAAUGCGACAAAACGUUUCUUAGCAAGGGACAUCUGAAAAUGCACAUGAGACACCAUACAGGAAAGAAACCUUUCGCCUGCUCCGUUUGCGGUAAAAGUUUCAUCGCUAAGUCCAUUUUGAAAACACACAUAGUCGUGCACACUGGAGAGAAACCUUUUCCUUGCACAGUGUGCGGUAAAAAAUUCUCCCAGCGGUCGUAUUUGAAUGUUCACACGCGAGUGCACACUGGAGAGAAACCUUUUCCUUGCUCGGUAUGCGGCAAAAGAUUCAUGGUGAAAGGCGUUUUGAAACAACACACACGAGUGCACACUGGAGAGAAACCGUUUCCUUGCACGGUGUGUGGCAAAACGUUUUCCGAGCAGUCGCAUUUGAAAGUUCACACUCGAGUACACACCGGAGAGAAACCUUUCCCUUGCACCGUGUGCGGGAAAAGCUUUUCCCAGCAGUCGUAUCUGAAAGUCCACACAAGGGUACACAUUGGUGAGAAACCAUUUCCUUGCACAGUGUGCGGAAAAAGAUUUUCCCAGCAGUCACAUCUGAAAGUUCACAGUCGAGUGCACACUGGGGAGAAACCUUUCCCUUGCACGGUGUGCGGUCGGAGAUUCUACGAUCAAAGUCAUUUCAAGAGACACGCAAGAACUCACACUGGAGAGAAACCUUUUUCCUGCGCCGUUUGUGGCCAAGGUUUCUCUAAGAAGACAUCUUUGUUAGGACACACAAGAACACACACACGAGAAAACAACUUUUCUUGUUCCGUGUGUGGUCAGCAAUUUAGAAAUAGUACAAAUUUGGCCGAACACAAAAGCAUCCACACUGGGGACUAACUUGAAAACCUUUGAAUAGACACAUCCUGUUUGAUUGCAAAGAACACAAUAGUACAGUAAACCUCGCAUAUAUCGGAUUCAAUUGUUCCCACUGGUUUUGUCCGAUAUAAGCGAAAUCCGUUAUAUGCGUAUACCGGAAAAUGUCCGUUUUACGCAUACAUCGGAUUUAUAUCCGGUAUAUGCGUAAAUCGGAUUUUAUCCGUUAUAAAAAGGCACUUCCUUGACUCAGGCAACGCUGCAAACGCUGCAAAUGACGUCGUAUAGCGGCCUGUCACGAUUCGGAUUCGAAUCGGAGCGCCACGAUGCGGCCAUCCGAUAUAUGCGAGGGAAAUUUAAUGGAAAUGCAUCGGAACGGGACUGGAGAUGUUGUCCGAAAUAGACGAAAUCCGUUAUAAAAAAUCCGAUUUUUUAUUGGAAAUGCAUUACAGAAAAAUCGCUUCUUUUUUUUUCUGUCCGUUGUGAGCGAAUUUCCGAUAUAUCCGAGUCCGAUAUAUCCGAGGUUUACUCUAGAAGUAAGAAUAAGCAACACAUUAAAAAAAAACAUUGCUAACUAACAAUUUUUGUUUUAUCAAUCACUUUUCUUUUUUAAUAAAAGAAACACACACAAGAGGUUCAAACUGGUUUGAUUCCCGGCCAGGGUUUCUUCUGGAAGGGGCAUAACAAUGCCAGCUAAAACACAACAACAACAACAAAAUGGUUGUUUUUUGGUUGCUAUGAGAAC